AUGUUCGCUCGCGUCAACCAAGUCACUCGACAUCUCUCUCGUCCAACACUACGCACCGGCGGACAGUUGUUGACGUCACGAUCGACAAUGGCGGCUCCAGGUGGUAAAAAACAGAUCCACACGGCGGGCAUCAUCAUCAUCGGCGACGAAGUUCUCGGCGGCAAGACCGUGGAUACCAACUCAGCAUGGUUCGCCAAAUACUGCUUCUCGAUGGGGAUCAACCUCAAGCGUGUCGAAGUCAUCGCCGAUGAUGAGGCCGAGAUCAUCGAGGCGACGCGGCGGAUGAGCAACAACUAUGACUUCGUCGUCACCUCGGGCGGCAUCGGACCCACCCACGACGACAUCACCUACCAAUCCAUCGCCCGCGCGUUCAACUUGCCAUUGGUCCUCCACGAGAAGUCCCUGGAGCGGAUGAAGCGCAUCUCCAAGCCACGGCCCGGGCAGGAGGCGUUCUCGUGGGACGUGGACUCGCCCGCGCGGCGGGCCAAGAUGCGCAUGAUUGAGCUACCGUACGACAAGGAGGUGCCGGACGAGGACCAGGUGAUCUUCACGUCCGAGGAGCUCUGGGUGCCCGUCAGCUGCGUGAACUCGAACGUGCACAUCCUCCCGGGGAUCCCGCGGCUCUUCGAGGCCAUGCUCACGGGCCUCAAGCCGCGCAUCCUCCCCCGGCUCGUCGACCCCGAGGGCAAAGGCGUGCACCGCAUCAUCUUCAGCACGCCCCUCCCGGAGAGCGAGGUCGCGGAAUACCUCACCCAGCUCUCCGCCAAGGUCGCCGACAAGGGCGUCAAGGUCGGAAGUUACCCCCGAUGGGGCAAAUCGCACAACUCGGUGACCCUGGUGGGCAAGGACCGGGAGUAUAUGGAGUCGUUGGUGGAUGAGGUUGCGAAGGGGGUCAAGGGCCGUCGGGUCCAGAAGGAAGGUGAGGAUGACGACGACGGAAGCGACAAGGAUGCUUAG